AUGCAUACGCUUAGAACAAGCUUACUGUUAUGUAUGUUAAUUUAUAUUAAUUAUGCAGGGUAUGUUUGCAUCUAAUCAUAGAUCUGAAGCACUGAGCUUAUUGAAUCAAAUGCAACCGAAAUUCAAGGAGGAAUCAGAUCUAGGCACAGAAGACCUAAUAUAUAAGAAAGUCACUGAAUAAUUAAAACAACAAAAACCUCAUUUCGACACUGAUGAAGAAGAUACAAAGAAUGAAGUCUCCUUUAGAGAAUUUUAUAAAAAUGUACGAUCAGGUAAACAUGAGUUAGUUGACGAUGAAGAAAUCAAUAUUGUAGAACCAGAACAUAAGGAAAUUGAAAUUCAAUCCUACUUAUAAGAAUUGAGUGACGGACUCGAACCAUAAACUGAAACUAUUGCAGAAACUGAAAUUUAGACUGAUCCUGAAAAGUUAGGCAAGUUUAAAAAGUACUUUAUUAAAGAGGAUGAAACUAAACAAUAAGCGAACAUAGAAACCAACAUUGAAAAUAGUAAUCCUAUUGAAAAGAAAAUGACUUUGAGAGAGAAACUAGAAAUGAAAAAGAAAUAGGCCUAAUAACCACCUGUUGUAGCUGCAAUCUAGAUUAAAUAAGAAGUAGAUAAUCAAGAAUAAGUUGCUGAUUAGAAUGUUGGCAAAACAACAUUAAUCAAAAAGAUUGAAGAAUUCAAAAAAAUGAAAUAAUCAAAGGAUACAUAAGAAACUUAAUAAGAAAAUCUAUAAGAAUAGUCAGUCAAAUCAGUACCUGAAAAUCCUUUGAGAAAACUCCUAAAUAAAAAGGCAGAAGAGAGAAAAGAAUAAGAACUCAAUUAAUAAAUCGAAUAGAAUAAAUUGUAAAUAUAGACACAAGAAGCUGAAAUAGAAUUAAAAUAAAUAGAUACCGAAGAUAUACCAUUAGACCAAAAUAUAGAUAAUGAAUAAGAGUAAAAAGAUUCUUCUGAAAAUAAAGAUGAUACCAUACAUUAAUAAGAAUAAGAUAAUGAUGAUACCAUAUAUUAAUAAGAUUAAAAUAUUGUUGAAUCUCAAUAAGAAAAUACAAUUUCAGAUGAAAACUCUAAUGAUUCAAGAAUAUAAUAACAAUAAUAAAUCGAAUCUGAUAUAAAUCCAAAUAUUGAUCCUUAAGUUUAAGAGGAUUAAACUAUGAUUGAUGAUGAAUCUGCAAGAUUUGAAUAAGAUUCAGAAAAUAUUACUAACUCAGAUGAGGAUCAGCAACAAUAAAAUAUAGUUAAUGAAGAAUAAAAUAAUUCCAAUGAAGAUUAAUUAUAAGUUAUUACAAGUGAAAAUUAGGAAUAAGAAACUAUUAAUGAUAAUGAUAAUGACCAAGAGAUUGUUAAUAAUAAUGAUUAAGAUAUAGUUAAUAAUAAUGAUCAAGAUAUAUCAAAUAAAAUUGACUAAGAGAUAGAUAAUAAUAAUGACUAAGAAAUAGUAUAUAAUAAUGAUUAAGACCAGUAGUAGAAUACCGAUUCAGAUUAUUAGAAUAAUGAUUUAACAAAUUAAGAAAUUCAAUAAGAAAAUUAAGAAUUUGAAGCAUAAGAAUAAUUACAAGCUUAAGAUGAAUUAUAAUAAAAAGAAAUAUCAACUGAAGAUGAAUAACAAAAUCUAAAUGAUGAUAACUAGAAUUAAGUUGAAUAAUAAAAUUAAAAUGGUGAUGAUUAUAAUUAAGAUUAAUAGUAUAAUUAAAGUGAUAAUUAAGUUGAAUAACUAAAUACUGAUUAAAAUUAAAAUAUAGAAAAUUAGUAAGAAUAGACAGAUAAUAAUAGUAUUAAUUAAGGAGAAGAUAAUGACAUUAUUAAUGAAGAGAAAGUUGAGAAUACACUAUCAGAAGGUUUCGUGAUGGAAAAUAAUGUUGAAAAUUCAGAUUAUCUUGAGGAUGUGCAAGAAGCUGAAAUAAUAAAAAAGAAGAGAGAAGUAGAGGAAAUGAUUGAAGAAGAGGAAAGAAUUAAAAAAGAAUUAGAAUAAAAAGAAUUAGACGAAGAGAAAAAAUUGAAUGAAUUAGAAGAAUAGGAGAAACUAUUGAUUAAUGAAAAAGAAUAAGAAUAGAAAGAAAUUGAGGAAGUCUAAAAAUAAAUUGAUUAAGAUUAUAGUUAAUUAUAGGACAUUGAAAAAGGAGAGUAGAAAUAAUAAGAUUAUUAAGAAAAUGAAUUAAAAUAAGAAGAAAAUUAAGAGGUAGAACCUUUGUAAGAGGCAUUACAAGAAGAUUUAAAUAUUUCGACAGAUGAUAUGCCCUAAGAGAAUCAAAAUGAUUAAUAACAAACUGAAAAUCAAUUAGAAUAGAUAAAUAAAUAAGAAGAGAAAGUUGAAUCCUUAGAAAGUAAACCAGUUGAUGGUAGCAUUUAAUUAUAAGAUGAAACUCUAGAAAAUGGAUUUGAUAUUGAUGAAUAUCAAAGAUUACAACAUUAAAAUGAAGAUAAAUCUGAAUAGGAUAUUACAAAUUAUUCAUAAAGCAGUGAAUUAUAUCAUAAACAUGAGUACACAACUUAAAUUAAAAAUGAUUAACAAGAUUAAGUAAUAUAAUAAUCAGUGCCAACAUUAUCAAUAGAUGAAUAAACAGAUUUCAAGGAUCAAGAUAUUGAAUACUAACCAUAGAUCUAAAUAACCUAGGAAAUAUUAACAGAUAAUAAUUAAGAUCUUGCUGAUUAAGACUCAAACUCAUAAAACAAUUCAGAAUAAGAAUAAGAGGAGCUAAAUGAUCAGAGUAAUACUACAAAAGACAAUUAAUUAAUAUAAGAAAAGAAUCCUAAUUCAGAUUAAUUAGAGGAUAUUAAAACAGAGGACUAAUCAAUUUAUUUGGAUAAUCAUAUAGAAAGCACAAAUGAGAGUGAAAUAUCUAACGAAUCUACUAUUUUAUAGGAAUCGAAAAUAGAUGUUUCCAAAGAAACUGAUAAUCUUUCUGAAAAUUAAUUAGAUCAAUAAAAUGUCUAAUAAUAAGAGACUUAAAUCUUAGAUGAUGAUACUCCUAGUCUGAUUCCUGUAGAUGAAGCAGACAAUAAAAAUCUAUCCUAUUAAUUCGAUCUCAAACUUGAUAAUGAAGAGCACAAAAUUGUUUAAUAUGAUGAUUCUAAUUCCAAUGUUGAUGAGGAAAUAAAAAAUGAUGAAUAAUAAUAUUAAUAAAUAGAUCAAAUUAAUACUCAAUUUUAAUCAAACACUGAUUAAGAAAUCUAAAAACAAUUUCAGGAUACCUCAAACGUGCUUUCAGCCAAUAAACUUCAUUCAAAUUCAUAAAUACAAUUAGACAUGCAAAUUGAUGAUAAAAUAAAAAUUGAAAAAAUUGAUGUAGAUAUAAAGGAAGAAUAAUAAAUUUAAGAGAAUGUUUUAAUAAAUCAAAAUAGGUAGUAAGGCAAUUUCUUACAAGUAGAUAAAAAUGAGAUUGAUUAAAAAGAAAAUCAAUUUGAAAUAUUAAUUUCUUAAGAGAAGGAGAAAGACUCGGAAGAAAAAGAGAAAAAAAGAAGAAAAUUAAACAGAAGAAAGCAAAAAUAAAGGAAGUUACAAGAGGAAUAAUUUUAGUAGAAAUCAUUAUUAUAAUAAAAAUAACAAUAAGAAAUCUUAAAAUAAUAAUAAUAGUUAAUUGAAUUACAAAAUUAAUAAUUAUUGAAUAAAUAAAAGUAUAAGAUGGCCACAAAACAAAAUAAUUAAGUUACUUUAGAAAGUAAACCAAUUAAAGGAGAUAAUUUUAUUCAUUUAUAAAAGCAAUAAUCUUAAAUUUAACUAAUAAAUUAAUAAAUUGAUACUGAAUUUUCAUUUUAACAGAUUCUUUCAAAAGUAGAAAAGGAAGAAAGAUAAGGAUAGAAACAACUAAGAAGCAAUCCUAAACAUGUGAAAAACGCUGAUUUAAAUUUCUUUUAAUUGACUGAAAGUAAUUAAUUUUAAUAAUAUUAGAAUAAUAAUAAAAUAAGAUUUCCUUAUAAUCCUAAGAUUUAUUUGAGGCUAUUAAAUAAGAGAUUAAAGAAUGCGAUUUAAAUAAUUACACUAUUAAUUUGUGCUAAUUAUGUUAAAGUGAUGUUGUAUACGAAAUAAAUGAUGAUAAUUGGUACCUUAUUGGAAUUGCAUAUGGAUUAAAGUAUCUAAAUUGUUUAAUCAUAAAAGGAGACAUUUCUAGAAUCUAUUGAACACUGUACAAUAUCAUUUCAAAAACUCCAAGAUAUAUACCUCUUUCAAUAAGGAAUAAUAAGUUUGUCUCACUUUCGGAGAUCAAUUUGAAAUUGAAAAUUUAUAAGAUAUCCUUAACUAUUAUAAUAAUCAAACUCUCCCCAAGAAUUAGUAAUUUUUGAGGAUUCCAUAAAAGGUAAUUAUAUCCAUUUAUAUAUUAAGAUCAAAGCAAACUUCGCUUAAAUGAAAGUUGAUUUGAACCAACAUAAAUUUAUGAACUUUAGUUUGAAUGCAGCAAUGAAAAAUUAAGAAAAUUAUAAUGGAUUUACUGUUUCAGAAUAACACAUUAAGAUUUCAAAUGAUUUUGAUUACUCCUAAUAUGGUAGCAUCUUUUAUCCUGGGCAGUCUAUACCAUAUAAAUUGAUUGUGUAAUCAAAUGGAAUUGAAAACAUGCAAUUAGAUUUGAAUCCUUAAAUAUAUGAAAGAGUCUUAGAAAACUUUUUGGCAAAGAAUUACUUGCAAUAGAUUUAAGUUACAUAUAGAGACAACUUAAAUAGCAACUUUGUAGUGAUAGAUAAUGAAGACCUCUUAGAAAUUGAGAUUACAAUAUAAAAAUGAACUAAAGUAGUCUGUG